AUGGGGAAACUCAACAUCGCACACCACAAGUCGUAUCACCCCUACCGGCGGGACAACAUCGAGCGCGUGAGACGCGAUGAGGAGGAGGCGCGCCAGACAGAGGCGGUUGAGGAGGGGCGCAUGAUGCUAGCGGACUCGGAGGCACGAAUGGAUCUACUGCGCCAGCGCGCCGGGGCGGGGAAGGGGAAGAAGCGGAAGGAUGACGAGGAUAUCAGCGCAGAGGCUCAAGCUCAAGCUCAAGCUCAGUCUCGAGCGGAGCCUUCAUCACUCAUUUCGGGCGGCCACAUCAACUUCUUCGAGGACGUUGAGCGGCAGUUGAUACCCGUAGCGAGAAGACCGAGGGAGCCCGCAGAGACGGAGAAGGGCAUCCCGCUCGCGCCUGCGGAGAAAGAUUUGAAGCCAUGGUACUCAGAUCGCGACCCCGACAAGAGCAGGGAGCUUAAUCCCGACCGCAAGUUGCGCGAUCUGGCCCGGAAGUCCGUGAAUGACCCGCUUACUUCGAUUAACACCCAGCUCGCCGCUCGUUCUGGCACACCGAUUAGCAGCAACCGCGCGCCAGCACGGCGCGCCCUCCCUGCAUCUGCAUCACAACCCCAGUCAAAUUCCCAGGGCGCUGCACCAAGCGUCACGCGGCCGCCAGAGCUUGCCCGGUUGACCCGCGAGUCCUCUGAGCGCGCACGAGCGCAGGAGCUGAUCCGCAGGCGGAAAAGAGAACUCGCGGGCAGUGAGACGCCCAGCACGGUGUACGGCGGCGUGGACGAGCGCGGGGGCGCGUACGGCGAUGUAUUCAAUCGCCAGGAUGUCGAGGAGGCACAUCGCCAUCGGGAGAGGGGGUGGGAUGGCCAAAGUGGGGUUCGGUCAAGAUGGUGA